CCAGAUGAGACCGUUUGGGCGAAGAUGGCGGACUCGCAGUCGUCAGGUCUGGGAGAGGAGCAGGAGAAGGAGAAGGAGGACAGGGAGCGAGCCGGGAAGACUGCCACGAGAGAGGAGCACGAGGAGAAAGACGGAGGCACGGAGACGUCGGGACUUAACGACAAAACCGGAGGCAGUAAGGGCAAGAAACGCAACCUGUCAGACUUGUCUCUGGUCAGAUUUAUAACCACCGAGCUGACCAGAGGAUACUUCCUGGAACACAAUGAGGCCAAAUACACAGAGCGCAGAGAGAGGGUCUACACCUGCCUCCGCAUCCCCAAGGAGCUGGAGAAGUUGAUGACAUUCGGCUUCUUCCUGUGUCUGGACGCCUUUCUCUAUGUGUUCACCCUGCUGCCCCUCAGGGUGAUUCUGGCCCUUUUACGGCUCCUCACGUUGCCUUGCUGUGGCCUCAGUGGCUCCCGCCUGCUCCAGCCCGCUCAGGUGUGUGAUGUGCUGAAAGGCUUCAUCAUGGUGUUGUGUUACUCCAUGAUGAGCUACGUGGAUUACUCCAUGAUGUACCACCUUAUCAGGGGACAGUCUGUCAUCAAACUGUACAUCAUAUACAACAUGUUAGAGGUGGCAGACCGUCUGUUCUCAUCGUUUGGUCAGGACAUCCUGGACGCUCUGUACUGGACAGCCACUGAACCCAAGGAGAAGAAGAGAGCGCACAUAGGCGUGAUUCCUCACUUCCUCAUGGCUGUGCUCUACGUCUUUCUCCAUGCCAUCCUCAUCAUGGUUCAGGCCACCACUCUAAACGUAGCCUUCAACUCCCACAACAAGUCCCUGCUCACCAUCAUGAUGUCAAACAACUUUGUGGAGAUCAAAGGAAGCGUGUUCAAGAAGUUUGAAAAGAACAACCUUUUCCAGAUGUCCAACAGUGACAUAAAAGAGAGGUUCACCAACUACAUCCUCCUGCUCAUCGUCUGUCUGAGAAACAUGGAGCAGUUCUCAUGGAACCCUGACCACUUGUGGGUGCUGUUUCCUGACGUUAUCAUGGUGAUAGCCUCAGAGGUUGCCGUGGACGUUGUGAAGCACGCCUUCAUCACCAAAUUCAAUGACAUCAGUGCUGAUGUAUACGGAGAAUACAGAGCCAGCCUUGCCUUUGACCUCGUCAGCAGUCGGCAGAAAAACGCUUACACAGACUACAGUGACUCAGUAUCCAGAAGAAUGGGCUUCAUCCCCCUUCCUCUCGCUCUGCUGUUGAUCAGAGUCGUAACCAGCUCAGUGAAGAUCCAGGGUUCGCUCUCCUUUAUGUGUGUGCUGCUGUUUUACCUGGGGAUGAUCACUCUGAAGGUGCUCAACAGUAUCGUUCUGCUGGGGACAUCCUGUGUGUUUGUCAAAGAGGCCAACAUGGAAGAAAAGCUCUCCGAUCCUCCACCCUCAGUUGUCUCCAGCCGUGCAAACUCCAGAGCUCACCGCACCAAACACGUUCACACGUCACCACAGCAAGAACCCACAGUCGACAAAGGAGGAAUACCACAGGCAGCAGACAUCUCUCUGCCCGUCAACAUGGCAGAGAGCUCGGCCCCAACACUCCCCAAGAGCGACUCUGACACAUUCCUGACCACGCCAGACGAGGACGACGAGGACAAAAUCAUCAACGCUGACACGGGACUGGAAGGGGACAGACUUGAACCCAGAACGCCCAAGAAAGAUUUGCUGGAAAUAGACCGCUUCACCAUCUGUGGCAAUCGAAUAGACUGAAUGCCACAACAACAAAAAAAAAAACAGUCAGCGUGUCGUUGGCUUAACAGCGAGGUUCAGGGAUCAGACAUGGGUCUGGGAACAGGAUCAGACCUGACAUGGUUUUGUGCACCUGACCUCUGGAGUAUUUAUUUAUUUAUUGCUGACAAAACCAGCCAAGGCAUAAAGCUGUUACUACAAGCGUCAGAGGUCCCUUCAGAUGUUUCCAUCUGGUCCAGUCGGUGCCUCGUGAACCAUGUUGGCUCCGAGGAUGGGUCCUGGUUGUCUUGGCAACCCGAAGACACGCUUGCUGAUGACGAGACAAUUUGGAGAAAACUGGCACGAGGAGCGAAGAAUAGAGAAACAAAAACUGCACAUGUGAAAUAGUACAACAUGGGGUCGCUGUGUGAUUUUAGGAACACGACAGCUGGGCCGUGUGCGAGUACGUGUUCAAAAGCACAAGCUUAUAUAUGUUCAGUGCAGAGUUGUUUUUAAAAAAAGAACAAAACUUGUGAAGUUUUUUUACAUUUUUUAAUUUCAAAAUUCUUAUAUUUGAAAUUAAGUUUUUAUGAAGAAUCUCUGCAGGUAAUGGAUGAAAUACACGGAGCACAGACGUGGCGCCCCACUGCCCCAGCAGAGCUCAUCCAUUAGAAUCAACUGAAGCUGCUUCACCGACCACAGAAGCUG